AUGUCGCUCGUCUCCGGCGAGAAGUCGAACUUCCAGUUCAUUCUGCGUCUGCUCAACACCAACGUGCGUAUCCACCACCCUGCGAAAUCCCGAUCCAGCGACCGAGCACACGUGCAAUCGAGGAGGAUGAGGAGGCGACAUUGAAACAUCGAGGACAUGGACUGACAGGCAGUACUAGGUCGAUGGAAAGCAAAAGGUCAUGUACGCCUUGACCAAGAUCAAGGGUGUCGGUCGCCGAUACAGCAACUUGGUCUGCAAGAAGGCCGAUGUCGACCUCAACAAGCGGUAAAGCUCCCGGCCGCCCAGCGCAUCUCGAAUGGAUGGCGUGUCAUCGCAUGGCGUAGAAGCACACUGACGUCGAACUCUUACAGCGCCGGUGAACUCACCUCCGAAGAACUCGAGCGCAUCGUCACCAUCAUCCAGAACCCAACCCAGUACAAGAUCCCAACCUGGUUCCUGAACAGACAGCGCGACAUUGUAGACGGCAAGGACAACCAGGUCCUCGCCAACGGUGUGGACAGCAAGCUGCGUGAGGAUUUGGAGAGACUGAAGAAGAUCCGCGCCCACAGAGGUCUGCGCCACUACUGGGGUCUGCGUGUCCGUGGACAGCACAGCAAGACUACUGGCCGUCGCGGCAGGACUGUCGGUGUCAGCAAGAAGAAGGGAUAA